CCUGUGGGAGAGCUUCCUGACUGAUGUCAGCUUUAUCGCCAAAUAACCCAUAAACCUGCCAGUGUUUGGUCAGUUGGUUGGAGUCCAACACACUUGGCUGGUGUCUGUGUUCGCACGUUGGAUACACAAGCACACAGAGACAGGUGUGGUUGUACCAGCAAUACACCUGGAGACCAUACAACAAGACUGAAUGCGCAGUAAGUGCACUGGGUUGGUUUCGGAGUAAGUCAAACGAGGAUCCAUUGUGGAACACGCACUUGUGAAACUUUUGGAACCCAAUUGGAGGUGAUUGGGAAGAAGAUUUCAUCAACAGAGAGAUGAUAAAAUUCCGAGCUCGACGUGAACUCAGGAUGAUGGAUAAAAAUCUCAGGGUAUUAUUGGCGACAGAGGUUGACAGCUGCACCCCGGACCCCUGCAAUGAGAUGAAAAUCAAACAAAGGAAGCUGCAGAAUCGUGUCUGGGUGGAUUUCUACCGCUCCAUCGCCGAGGGCGACCUGGGAGAAUUUGACAAAUUCCUGCAAUUGUUUCAAGAAAGCAAAACCAAGUUGACGGCCGAGUGGCUGAGAGACCCUCGAACAGGGAAGACCUGCCUGAUGAAAGCGUUACUGAACCUGAACGACAACACGCAGGAGAUGGUGGAGAAGCUGAUCAGCUUCGCAGAGGCCAGCGACUCACUGGAGCAGCUCAUUAACGCUGAGUACACCGACAGGGAAUAUAAAGGCCAGACCGCACUGCACAUCGCCAUAGAGAGACGGUGCAAGACCAUCGUGCAGCUACUGGUGGAGAAAGGCGCCGACAUCAAUGCCAAGGCUCAGGGCAGGUUCUUCAAGCCCAAGAAACUCAAGCACGGCUUUUACUUUGGUGAGCUGCCGCUGUCUCUGGCCGCCUGCACCAACCAGCCAGACAUCGUGACCUUGCUGAUGGCCAGUGGGAGGACGGAUGUGCGGGCUCAGGACGCGUGGGGCAACUGCAUCCUCCACGCCCUGGUCACUGUGGCCGACGACAGCGAGGACAACACAACCUUCGUCACCGAGAUGUACGACAUGAUCCUGAUGAGCAGCCAGGACCACAACCUGGAGGGUAUCUGUAACCUGAGGGGCCUCAACCCCUUACAGCUAGCGGCCAAGCUAGGCAAGUUUAAGAUAUUCAGUCACAUCCUCUGCAGAGAGUUCAAAGACAAGAAACACCUGAACCUCUCUCGGAAGAUCACGGACUGGGCAUACGGCCCCGUGUCCUCCUCGCUGUACGACAUCACAGAGGUGGACACCAACCACCAGAACUCUGUCCUGGAGAUCGUGGUGCACAACACCAAAAUCCAGAACCGCCAUGAGUUGCUGUCUGUGGAACCAUUGAACACAUUACUGGAGGAGAAGUGGUUGACAUUUGGUGCGCACAUGUUCACCAUCACCUGUAUUGUCUACGUGUUGUACAUCAUUGGUUUUACCACUGUUUAUUAUAACCAAGCCGAACGAUACCAGUCUUUAAUCAGCGAGAAUCUGACAAGCACGACUUCACUGCAACUCUUUGGAGAGAUUUCCAGUUUCACUGCCGCCUGGGUUGUAAUAAUCAAGGAGGGCCUGGUAUUAGUCAGACUGAGACCUUCUGACCUUCGAUCAAUAGUGACUGAUGCCUGGUUCCACAUUCUAUUCUUCCUGCAGGCGUUGAUGACUGCGAGCUCCGCCGUUCUGUGCUGGGCGAGGGUAGAAGCACAUCUACUGCUGCUGGUCCCAGCCUUGGCCCUCGGCUGGAUCAACAUCCUCUACUUCACCAGAGGCUUCAAGUCCAUGGGAAUAUACAGUGUCAUACUGCAGAAGGUCCUUUUGACAGAUGUCCUGCGUUUCUUAUUCGUCUAUUUGCUGUUCCUGAUCGGAUUCAGUGUCGCCCUGGCCUCCUUGAUCGACAGCUGCCCCAAAAGCCUGGAAUGCAGCCCCUACCUCACCUUCAACACCGUCAUCUUGGAGCUCUUCAAGCUGACCCUGGGGCUGGGAGACCUGCAGAUCCAGCAGCAUGCCAAAUACCCACAACUCUUCCUCCUGCUCCUGGGCGUGUACGUGGUGCUGACUUUCGUCCUCCUCCUCAACAUGCUGAUCGCCCUGAUGAGCGAGACCGUGGAGGACACUGCCAAAGAGAGCAAGAACAUCUGGAAACUCCAGAGAGCACGGAUGAUAUUAAACCUGGAGAGAAGUUUGCCCAAAUGUCUGAGGAGGAGGUUUCAGCUGGGAACGAUACUGAAGAACAGCCAAGGACACUCCAGGAGAUACAUCAGGAUAAAUGAAGUCAACUGGACAAAGUGGAAGACCAGCGUAGCUCGAAUCCACGAAGAUCCAGGAAAUGAGGAGGAAGAACAAGAAGACAAAUCAUCAGAUGAAGUAGAACAUAAGAUAUGUCCAGGAACAACACUGCAGUCAGUGCAAACUACAUCUGGUCCAAGUGACUCGGAGAAGGAAGAGCCGCGAUGCAAGAGAAUCGGAAAGCUCAGAAUCAAAGCCAAAACAUGAACACGCUCCAUUCAGAGGCAGUUUUGGAACAGGAAACGUACCCACUCCAAGAGCCCUCCAACACAACACAGUAAGCCAGUGUUUUACUCGUGCUUUUGUCAAAGAGGAAGAGCUGGUGGUAUUCCGAAACUUGUUACAUUCCUUAAUUAAGGAACAAGGCAAAAAUGUGUUUUAAAAUAUACACACGCACCCUCCCGCGACAUGGUAACAUUGAAACGCACUCUGUAAGCUGCCGGGGAGGGGUGGGGGGGAGGUCUGGGUUCCGGGUAACACUUUGUUAGGUGCUUCUCCUGUAAAGUGCCACUCAACGGACUCAAUCUGGGUCCAAAGUGUCGUCACCAGUCGAGGAGGAAAUUCCGGAGUUGGGAUACCUGCCACCUGUGUCUGCCUGAGUCACUGUUUCGUCUCAGGCCUCUGCACGGAGUACCAACGACAACAAAUUACAUUUGUAUAGCGCCUUUUCUCGCCAGGAAGUUGUCCCAAGGCGCUGGCCAGUCAGGGACCCGCCUAAACCACCUGCAUCCGUGCCUUGCCCCAUUUCCACAACAUCGCCCGCUCCACCAUUGAUUCUCCCCUCAGGCCGCCGAGACCCUCGUUCGUCACAACCAGACUCGACAAUGAUUGUCGGUCUUCCCGACAUCCCCUCCACAAGCAGCAGGUUAUUCAGGACUCCGCAGCUCAUGUUCUCUCCCCAUUUAAGGUCUGCCCUACAACCCCCGCCCUCCCUGUGUGUAGCAGGCCACCCACCGCUGCUCUCAGUUCGCAAGAGAAAAUGUCGACAUCAAAAACCAAACUGUUCAGAUGUGCAAAUAUUUUUAUUCUUCAUCAAAAUGUAGUUCUACAAUAAUAUACAUCGUUUUCGUACUGAAUUUUGAUACAUCCUUGAAUCAGAACUGCUCACCUUCCCCAGAUUUGCAUCCCCUAUAACAAAUGUCAGAUACAAACCAACCACACUUAGUGUUGAGCUUUUUCCUGCAUGGAAGGAAAAUUUAGUCACGAUUUUAACCUCUCGAGUCACCAUCGAGAGGCCAAAUCACAUGGUCAUAAAUUAGCAGUUUUCACACAAUAAACUCCCAAACAAGUGACCCCACAGCCCAAGACAACAUAAUGUACAAUAUUGCUGCCUGUAGGGGCGUUUCUCCAGUGUUGAGAUGCUGCUUUGUUCCGCCUCCUCACAGACACCCAUAGAAUUAUCUGACGGUUCACUCCUUCCAAGCACUAAAGCAAGAUGCGGGAAGCCUACAAUCACCUCCUUUUCUUACAAAGCGGCUUGCUGGACUCCCAUUGAGCAUCGAGUUCAAACCCCACAGUUCCGAUGGGGAUUUUGUUACUCAGUAAUAAUGUAUUGGCAAGUUUAAUGUCCUGGCACUAGAUGAAGUACUAGGAUUUUAUUUUUUUUUGGGGGGGGAGGGUGAGUGAGGGUGGGGGGGGGAAAGGGAAAGGAAGAAGAGAAAAACUGCUGCUCUCAGCUGGUACAGAGCAGCUGAUACAGAUCAUCCUCAUUCCUGACAGUGUGAAGGCAGAGAUACUGAGAACGUGUACACAAACCUCCAGGGAGCGAGAGAAAUGAGAACAGAGAGAGAGAGA